AUGGUUCACGUCGUUCUCGCUGGUGCUACGGGAAAUCUGGGCCCGGCGGUCCUAUCCCAGCUACUUCAGACACCUUUCUCGCUGACGGUCCUUGCCCGGUUGGGCAGUCGCUCAAAGGUCGCAUUGCCGUCGAGUUCGAACGCCACGAUCAAGGAAGUCAACUACGACGACCCAGAGAGUCUCGGGGCGGCGCUUCAGGGUGUGGACGUCGUCGUCUCAAACCUCGGUUUUCAAAACCUGUUCGAAAAUCAGAAAAAGCUCAUUGACGCGUCUAUCCGCGCCGGAGUGACGCGAUUCAUUCCUUCUGAGUUUGGAAAUGAUACGGCGAACCCUGGGGUUAGGAAACUCCCCGUCUUUGCAGACAAGGUCAAGACUCAAGAGUAUCUGGUCGAAAAGGCGGCUCAAUAUCCCGACUUCAGCUAUUCAUUUCUCUAUACCAACAGCUUCUUCGACUGGCAGCUCCAGAUUGGCUUCAUGGUCAACCUCAAGGAACACACGGCGACUCUGUACGAUGGGGGCGACGUGACCUUCUCGGCGACACGACUUGCCACCAUCGGCAAAGCCGUCAUUGGGGUGAUCAAUAACCUCGAGGCGACGAAAAACCGCGACAUCUAUGUACACGACACCGCGAUCACACAAAACAAACUCAUCGAGAUCGCGCGAAAGCGAGAUGGCAGGGAUUGGACGACGACGACGGUCUCGACUGCCGACGUGGAGCAGAACGCGUACAAGUCCUUGGAGAAGGGUACGCCAUCGGACCUGCUGAGUGCGUCCCUGGGGUUCAUUGCUCGCGCAUGCUGGGGAUCCGGAUACGGUGGGAAUUUCACGCCGAAGCUGAACAACGAUAUCUUGGGCAUUCCUGUCAUGACCCAGUCGGAAAUUGAAGAAAUGGUUGCAGGUAUCAUGGGUUGA